AUGUACAACCACUCUGACAUCGUCUUGCAUAGACCUCCACCUCCGUGUCCUCGCAGGCGAAAUACAAGUCAAACUUUCGUCUCCCUGGACAACCCUCCGUGCUGCGCCGUCAAGCACCCACCACCACUGCCGCCAUUGCCUGACCAUUGGAAAUGUGAAUUUGGCUACUCCAAGCCGUGGGACAGGGUUGCGACUCUCGCAUUCCGAAUGGCAGUCUUGAUAAGCUUUGGACACGACAACCUUGACAGUGUCUGGGAGAUCUGCCAUUCGGAAGAAAAGUGGGCACAUGACAAAGACCGUCUCGCCCAACGUACCACUACCACUACCGUCGUCGCCGGCCUCCUGGUUGGUGCGACGGCCGCGUUUAUAACAACCACUCCGCCGGUGGAGGAGUUACUGAACUACACGCGACGUGGACCGUAUUUGCUCCUCCUCUUGUCCUUCAGUAUCACGCUCGGCUCGCUGAUUGUCGGUUCGAGCAUGAUCUUCAUCACUCUGAAGUGUGAUCCUGUUUGGUUCUGCAGCGUAGGUGUCGUCGCUCGGUUGAUCUGCCCUGCGUAG